AGCUUCGGCUUCCCCAGCCCCGCGCUCAGCGCCCUGCGACGAGUCCCCGGGCGCCACGAGUCGCCCAAGGUCCGGAACCUUCCCAGGGUCAUGGGCAGGGUUUCCUUCAGCAUUCGAGUCGGGUCGAUCUGGAGACCCCUCUCUUCUUGCCAGGGACGAUGCCACGUCUCCUGCAGACUCUCUCCUCCGCUGGGCGCCCUCCACGCAUCAAGUGGACUCGGUGGCUCGCGGGCGCUUGGGGAGGCUGCAGGAGGGGCCGUCGGAACCAGCCCCUCGGGGAUCCACCGCUUCCUCUCUGCGCCAGCGUCGCCGACGCCCGGCAUCGGGAAGGACUGCGCAGCAGCCUUGCCUGCUCCAGAUGUCUUGAGAGCUGAUGACGAUAACAUGGGUGAUGGCUGCUCUCAGAAGCUGGCGGCUGCUAGUAUUCUCCGUUUCCUGUUGCUGGUCCUGAUUCCGUGUAUCUGUGCUCUUAUUGUCCUGCUGGUGAUUCUGCUUUCCUUUGUUGGAACAUUAAAAAAGGCCUAUUUUAAAUCAAAUGGAAGUGAUCUUUUGGUCAUUGAUGGUGAAGUCCAAGUGUCUGAUGUUCUUCUUACAAACACAAUUUAUAAUGAGAGCACUGUGACAUCUGCUGCACAUUUCAACCAACACAUUCCAGCCUCGACCACGGUUGCUUCUCUGCCAGGGGACCAAAACCACAGGAAUACAAGUGCCUGCAUGAACAUCACCCACAGCCAAUGCCAGAUGCUGCCCUACCACACCACGCUAACACCUCUCUUCUCAAUUAUCAAAAACAUGGAAAUGGAGAAGUUCCUCAAGUUCUUCACGUAUCUCCAUCGCCUCAGUUGCUAUCAACAUAUCAUGCUUUUUGGCUGUAGCCUUGCCUUCCCUGAGUGCAUCGGUGAUGGUGAUGACAGUCAUGGACUCCUGCCCUGUAGGUCCUUCUGUGAGGCUGCAAAAGAGGGCUGUGAAUUGGUCCUAGGGAUGGUGAACGCCUCUUGGCCCGAUUUCCUCAAAUGCUCCCAGUUUAGAAACCAAACUGAAAACAGCAACGUCAGCAGGAUUUGCUUCUCCCCACAGCAGGAAAAAGGAAAGCAAUUGCUCUGUGGAGAGAGCGAGAGCUUUCCAUGUGCCAACGGAAUCUGCGUCCCCAGGAAACUGCAGUGUAACGGCUACAAUGACUGUGAUGACUGGAGUGAUGAGGCUCAUUGCAAUUGCAGUGAGGAUCUCUUUCAUUGUCACACGGGCAAGUGCCUUAAUUAUAGCCUUGUGUGUGAUGGGUAUGAUGACUGUGGGGACCUGAGUGACGAGCAAAACUGUGAUUGCAGUCCCACCAAGGAGCAUCGCUGUGGAGAUGGGCGCUGCAUCGCAAUAGAAUGGGUGUGUGAUGGCGACCAUGACUGUGUGGAUAAGUCUGACGAGGUCAAUUGCUCCUGUCACAGCCAGGGUCUGGUGGAGUGCAGAAAUGGACAGUGCAUCCCCAGCACGUUCCAGUGCGAUGGAGACGAGGACUGUAAGGACGGCAGUGAUGAGGAGAACUGCGGUGACAGUCAGACUCCAUGUCAAGAAGGCGACCAAAGAUGCCUCUACAAUUCCUGCCUUGAUUCAUGUGGUGGUAGCUCUCUCUGUGACCUGAACAACAGUCUGAAUAACUGUAGUCAAUGUGAACCAAUUACGUUGGAACUCUGCAUGAAUUUGCCCUACAACCAUACAACUUAUCCAAAUUACCUUGGCCACAGGACUCAAAAGGAAGCAUCCAUCAGCUGGGAGUCCUCUCUUUUCCCUGCGCUUGUACAAACCAAUUGUUACAAAUACCUCAUGUUCUUUGCUUGCACCAUUCUGGUACCAAAGUGUGACAUGAAGACAAACCAACGUAUCCCCCCUUGCAGAGCCCUAUGUGAGCACUCCAAAGAACACUGUGAGUCUGUUCUUGGGAUCGUGGGCCUACAGUGGCCUGAAGACACAGAUUGCAAUCAAUUUCCAGAGGAAAAUUCAGUUAAUCACACCUGCCUAAUGCCUGAUGAAGAUGUGGAAGAAUGCUCACCUAGUCACUUCAAGUGUGGCUCAGGACGGUGUGUUCUGGCUUCCAGAAGAUGUGAUGGCCAGGCUGACUGUGAUGAUGACAGUGAUGAAGAAAACUGUGGCUGUGAAGAGAGAGAUCUUUGGGAAUGUCCAUCCGAUAAACAAUGUUUGAAGCCCACAGUCAUCUGUGAUGGGUUCCCAGACUGCCCUGAAAACAUGGAUGAAAAAAACUGCUCGUUUUGCCGAGAUGAUGAACUAGAAUGCGCAAACCACGAGUGUGUGUCGCGGGACCGGUGGUGUGAUGGUGAAGCCGACUGCUUAGACAGUUCAGACGAAUGGGACUGUGUGACCCUCUCUAAAAACGUGAACUCCUCUUCAUUCCUGACCGCGCACAGAUCUGCUACAGAACGCCACGUGUGUGCUGAUGGCUGGCAGGAGACAUUGAGUCAGCUGGCCUGCAAGCAGAUGGGUUUAGGAGAGCCAUCUGUGACCGAAUUGAUAGAAGAGCAGGAGCAAGACCAGCAGUGGCUGACGUUACACUCCAACUGGGAGAGUCUCAAUGGGACCACUUUGCACGAACUACUGGUCAAAGGGCAGUCUUGUCACAGCAGAAGUAAGAUUUCUCUUCUGUGUACUAAACAAGAUUGUGGGCGCCGCCCUGCCGCCCGAAUGAACAAGAGGAUCCUCGGGGGUCGGACGAGUCGCCCUGGAAGGUGGCCAUGGCAGUGUUCCCUGCAGAGUGAGCCUAGUGGACACAUUUGUGGCUGUGUCCUCAUUGCCAAGAAAUGGGUUCUGACGGUCGCCCACUGCUUCGAGGGAAGAGAGAAUGCUGAUGUUUGGAAAGUGGUGUUUGGCAUCAACAAUCUAGACCAUCCGUCGACGUUCAUGCAGACGCGCCUCGUGAAGACCAUCAUCCUGCACCCUCGCUAUAGUCGAGCAGUGGUGGACUAUGACAUCAGCAUAGUGGAGCUGAGUGAGGACAUCAAUGAAACGAGCUACGUCCGGCCGGUCUGCUUACCCAACACAGGGCAGUUGCUAGAACCUGAUACGUACUGCUACAUCACAGGCUGGGGGCACAUGGGCAACAAAAUGCCUUUUAAGCUGCAGGAGGGAGAAGUCCGCAUUAUUCCUCUGGAGCAGUGUCGGUCCUACUUUGACAUGAAGACCAUCACCACCCGGAUGAUAUGUGCAGGCUAUGAGUCUGGCACAGUCGACUCGUGCAUGGGUGACAGCGGUGGGCCUCUUGUUUGUGAGCGGCCUGGAGGACAGUGGACAUUAUUUGGUUUAACUUCAUGGGGCUCUGUCUGCUUUUCCAAAGUCCUGGGGCCUGGAGUUUAUAGCAAUGUGUCAUAUUUCGCCGAAUGGAUUGAAAGACAAAUAUACAUCCACACUUUUCUCCUAAACUAAUUCCAAAGAUGAUCAGAGACUUUUGCCAGCGACACUCAAAGAAAAUGGCCUUCUUGACUGUGGAGAGCUCCUGCAGAGAGCUGCACAGAAGCACUUUUCAUGGACAGGGAUGCUCAAAGUGCACUGCAAAUUUUCAUGUUUGUUUGGUCUAAUUUUAUUCAGCUUUUUUU